AUGAUUUUAAAAAAAUAUAAGAAAAUAUCACUAGCAAGUCAAUACAUGUAUAUUUUUUCAUUAAUUAACGUAUUGCAAACAGAAAGUAUUAUAGUAAAACAAAGUAAUUCGCACAUUCACAGCUUAAUUCCCUUUUCAUGUUCAGCACACAGAAAAAACAAUCGAUUAAUAUUAAAUAAUAUCAGCUCAAAUAAAAAAAAUUAUAAUGCUUUUAUAAAUAUAUCGCUUAAAAAAUAUAAAAUGAGCAAGAAAGUCUCCAGUUCCAUAAAUAUGAAUACAAAUAAUGACGAUGAAAACAUCAUAAAUGAUAAUAUAUUGUCAUUUAAUAAAAGUAAUAAUGACGUAAAGGGUUAUAAUAGAAACUAUAAAAAUAAUAAUAGAUAUUCUAUAUUUAACAAACAGUAUAAUAACCCUAAUAAUAGUGGAAAUAACAUUAACAACUUUAUGAACAAUAAUAUUCAUAUCAAUAAAAACAAAAAUAAAGUUUCCAAUAGUUAUUUAUCGAGUAAUAAUAAUAACAGUAAAUAUCCAAACAAUAACCAUAAUUAUUCGAAUAAUUAUAAUGGUUAUUUUAAUAGAGAUUCUAAAAACAACAAUAAUGAUUCAAACCAUUUAUUAAACGAAGCAAAAAUAAAUACAAGUGCUAAGUUUGUAAAUUCUAAUAUUAAGGACAAUACAAAUUUGAACAAAAAUAAUGACUCUAAUUCACAUAUCAAUGAUCAUAAUAUAAUUCAAAAAAAUGUAAACACUAAUUCAUACAAUAAUGAAAAUUCGUUGAUAAAAAAUCCUAAAGAAAAAACUGAUUACAAUAAUAGCAAUAUAUCAACGAGCAGUGGAAUUACUACUAAUAAAUUUCCAGUUAAUUCAAAUUAUCAAGAUAAUUCAAUAAAAAAUGGAAAUUAUAAAAAUCAUUCUAAUGAAAAAAGGAAGGAAAACGAAUCAAUGAAUAAUAAUAACAAUAAUUAUAGUAACAUGAAAGGGAAUGAACGAUAUAACUAUUUUCAUGAUAAUUAUCAAAAUAAUAUGAAAUAUACCAUGAAGAGCGCAUUUAAUUCAGGAAAAAAAAAAUUACCCACAUAUAACAAUAAUAAUAACCAAUAUAGCAAAAAUAAUGGGCAUACAAGUUACAUGCAAAAAAAUUUUAAAAGGGAAGUUUCAGAUGAGAUAACAAGUAUUAGUACCAGUGAUAUAAAUAAAGUUGAAGACCUUAAUAUGAACUCAAUAGAUAAAACAAAUAACAUGCUAAAUACCAAAGAUGCAUGUAAUGCUAACAUAGUUAAUAAUAAUAGUGACGAUGUAAACUUGCAUGGUAACUACAACAUUGAAAAUAAUAAUACAAAUGUGAAUGUACACAAAAUAAAUAACAUAAUUAAAAAUAAGGAUAUAAACAGAAAUGAAAAUUUUGAUAAUUUUCAACAUGAAUCAUCACAAAAUACAUAUGUAAAUUCAAACAAUAUGAGAAACUCAAUAAAUAACCAAUUAAUGCAAAAUAGAAACAUAAAUAAAAUUUCAUCAUAUAAUUAUAAUGAUGCUAAUAAUAAUGCAGGCAAUUUGAUGAGCAUUAAUAUGACUCAUGGGAAAAAUGAAAAUCGUAUGAAUGUGAUAACAAAUAAUUCUAAUCAUGGAAACAGCAAACUGUUAAACGAAAAUGACAAAGGAGCAAACAUGAUUAUGAAUAAAAAUGUAAGAAACAUUUCUUAUGAUAACAAAAGUAAUAAUUAUAAUAAUGAUUCUAAUAAAUUAAAUAAUUAUGAUAAUUUGUCAAAUUCAAAGAACAUGAGCAACUUGGGGGGCAUUAACAAACUGGAUAAUUCAUUAGAUGCAGAAAAUAUAAACAUACAUACCCCUGGAAACAAUUCUACUGGCACCCUGAAUUUAGACUCUGAUGCAUCUAUAUAUUUUGAUUUUAGUGAUUUUGUAAAUUACAUGUAUAAAGAUGAAAAUAUAUUAACCAUUUUUUAUAUAAGAAAAAAUUAUUUAAAAGCAGAAUCCAAAGAAGAAUUUGCAAAUGAAAAUGAUAAAAUAAAAUGUUCUAUUAUAUGGUCGUUUGCAAAUAAUGAAAAAAUUACCGUAUUUGGAUUACAUAAUACUAAAAAAUUAAGUAAGAAAGUAUGUGUAAAAAAAAUUUUAUUAAAAUUAAAAAAUAUAUCCCUUUUAGAACUAGAUCAAAUGAGUAAAUGGAUGAUAAACAGCCUCAAUGUUAUAUUAAAAGUGGAAAGUAAAAAUGUGGAAAAUACAUUUAAUAAUAAUAUAUAUUGUACAAAUAUAAAAUGGAAGGUUAAUAAUAAAAUAUAUCAAUCAAUAGGUUUGCAUGCUCAUGAAAAAGUGGCAGAAAUUAUAGCUAUUCAAAAACUAUAUAUGACUUUAUAUGAUAUUAAAGAUCAACUAAUUAAAGAAACAGAGCAUUCUAAAAUGUCGGAUGAUAAAAAAAUGGGAAAAAUGCAUAGCAAUAGUAAUAAAAUGUAUGAAAAUGCUAUGUUUGGAAAAAUUAUGAACAAUAAUAAAAGUUAUGAUGAAUCCAAUAUGAACAAAUUUGGCGGAAAUCUUCCAAAUUUAAAUAAUUAUGAUGAUUUUUAUAUUAACAAUGAUAAUAACAGUAUCAACAAUGGAAUCGCCAACAAUUUUUCUAACCCCCCAUCUUCUGAUAAUCAAUUAAUGCAAACGCUAACAACUAAUAUGUAUAAUAGAAAUAUGAGUAACAGUAUAGACAUGAAUAACAUGCCUAUUAAUUCAAAUAACAAUAAUAUGAACUUUCAAAAUUGGAAUAGCAAUUCUCAGAAUACUAACGAUAACAGCAGCAAUCACAACAAUAUAGGCAAUGAUAAUAUAAAUGGAAUGAAUUCUGAAGUGCCAUUACCACCUGGAAUAUCGGACCCAUCAGAACUUAUUGUGUAUGGUUUAACAAAGCAAGAUGCUAGCAGUAUACAGAUGUUGAGAAAUAAUAUUGCUUCAAGAUAUAAAAUUCAUCAAAUUGAAACAUUUGAACAAGUAUACAAUAUAUAUAAAUGUACUUUAGAAUGGGAAUGGAAAAAUGCCAAAAUAUCAUGUAAGGCAAAAAGUUUUGGUUAUGGAAGUACAAAAAGUUUAGCGAAAUGUGAAGCUGCUUAUGAUAUGCUAGUAAAAAAUAAUUUAAUAGAAUAUGUUUCAUCAACUGAUAGGAAAAAUGCGCAAUAUAUAAGAGAUCUUAUUUCAAAAGAUUUAACAAAAGCUCUUAAUUUAGCUAUCCAAUUUAUAAUGCAAUAUAGUAGUAAUGCGUGGUCUAUAUUUGUAGUAUAUUUACUUAGAGAAUUGUUGAUAGAUGGUAAUUAUGAUCACAUAAAUAGACUACUUAACACCCUUGUUGAGGUUAGUAAAGAAGGAAGAAUAGAAUCUGAAAAAAUAAAUAAUUUAACCAAUAACGCCAAUUAUGGAAAUUCUUAUAACAAUAAUAUAUGUGGCGGUAGAAAUUCUAAUUCUAUGAACAAUAAUAAUAUUUCAAAUAACGAAAUGAACUUUAAUCCAUCAGGAAUGAAUAAUAAUGGGGCAUGUGUAAAUGCCGAUAUGGGAAAAGGAUUGUAUGAAAAUAAUUCCUGUGAAGAACAAUAUAUUGAUAGUUCUAGUAACUUAUUUUUUUGUAAUCCAUAUAUUAAAAAUCAAAGUGAUAAUAGUAAUUAUGUACACAAACUUGUUUCAAUAGAUUUAUGGGAAAAAUUAAUUGAUGAAUGUGUAAUUGUUUUAAACGAUAAAUUAUGUUUCCAUUGUAUUAGCUUAUUACGUGAAAUAGAAUUGGAUUAUUCAAUUUUUAUAUCUAAAUGCGCACAUGAUUAUUAUAAAAAAUAUAGAAUAAUGUUAGCAUUAGAAUUACAAGCUAAUUUGGCACAAAGUAUACAAGAAAAAAGAGAUUUCGAAUAUUUACAUGAAAAUAAAUCAUUAUUGUUAAAAAUGAAAAGUGUUACUAUGCCUAUUUUGUCAUUUACUUGUACAUUAACGAAUGAAGAAAAGGAAUGGAUGAAAUCAACUCAAAUGAGAGAAGAUGACAUUGUUAUAUUGAAGCCAUAUGAUAUGCUAUUAAAAGAUGAAGAUGCAUGGUCAAACAGUUUAAUAGGUAGUAUAACAAGUACAAAAAGUGAUAAUACGGUUUAUAAUAUUAAUGUAAGAAUAUUUUCUGCAGAAAAUACAAAGAAAGGAAAUAUUAAAUACACUAAAUAUAAAUUAUAUUUAUUAUUAAAUAUAGUUACACAUGAAAGAAUGUUGCAAGCACUAAGAUCAAUUACAUUUAUAAGUUCAGUUCCAACACAAUAUCAAUCACCUUAUGUUUUUACUCCAGAAAUUCGUUUUCUAAUAUUACAUACAUAUAAUAAGCAUGCAAAAUAUAUAGCACAAACUGGAAAACUGAAUGAAGAAAUUGCUGAUUAUGAACAAAUUAAAAUGAAUUUUCAAAAUAAUGAUGCAUCCAAAAACUCACAAGAAGAUAUUUUAAAAGAUUAUAGUAGAGAAGCAAAAAAUCCAUAUGAGGAUUUAUUAAACGAAGCAUUGAAUAAACAAAUUGGAAAUACAUACCUUGAAGAUGUUGACCAAUAUCUAGUUGAAAGUAUUAAUUUACCAACUAAUUUACCACUUAACGAUUCUCAAAAGUUAGCAUGUUUAAGCGCUUUGACACGAAGAUUAACUUUAGUACAGGGGCCUCCAGGUACAGGUAAAACGCAUGUCGCAUGUGCUAUUAUCGAUAGUUGGCAUAGGCAAAACAGCAGCAAAAAAAUAUUGGCUGUUGCAGAUUCAAAUGUUGCUGCUAAUAAUUUAGUAGAAGGUUUAAAAAAAAGAAAUAUUCAAGCUGUUCGAGUAGGGGCUGGUAGUGAUAGCGAUUUUCAUGAAGAAGCUAUAAUGGAAUUUCAUAGAUAUAAAGAUUUAUUAAAACUACGAAAAAAUAAUAUGCAAAAAGAAGCUAAAGUUAUGAAAGCAUUAUUAUUUCUUGAAGCUGUUAAAAAAUAUAAUGUUGUUAUAGCUACCUGCGUUGGGUCAGGCCAUGAAAUUUUUGAUAAUGAAAAAUUUGAAAGAGUUAUUAUUGAUGAAUGCGCACAAUCAAUCGAACCAUCUAACUUAAUUCCCUUAGGUCAUUAUUGUACCAAUUUAGUCCUAAUUGGGGAUCAUAAACAAUUACCUCCAACUAUUAUAUCACCAGAUGCUAUUAAAUUAGGAUUAGAUAAAUCAUUAUUAGAAAGGUUUGUUAUGGCGAAAAUCGCACCAAUACAUUUAUUAUCAACACAAAGACGUAUGCAUUUAAGUAUUUGCACAUUUCCAAAUUUUCAUUUUUAUGAUAAUAAAUUAAAAACUGCUAAUGUUACUGAAGAAAACAGACCCAUUAUUAAAGGGUUCUUAUGGCCAAAUCCCAAAUGUAGGUUAGUAUUCAUAGAUGUAUCAUUAGGUAAACCAGGAAGUAAAUUUGAAAACGCUUAUGGAACAUCCAAAUUUAAUUUAUAUGAAAUAGAACCACUGAUAGCCGUUUUAAAAUCUAUUGUUAAUGAAGGAUGUGUAUCAGUUGACGAAAUCGGUAUUUUAACUGCAUAUGAUGCGCAAAAAAUUAAAUUAAAAAAAGCAGUUCAAGAAACAUUCCCAUAUGAAGCUGCACAUAGAAUAGAAAUUGAUUCAAUUGAUGGAUUCCAAGGAAAGGAAAAGGAUCUAAUUUUAUUUUCAGCGGUUAGAUCGAAUGCAAAUAACGAGUUAGGUUUCUUAAGAGAUGCAAGAAGAUUAAAUGUUAUGUUAACAAGAGCGAAAAGAGGAGUUAUCAUAUUUGGUGAUCAAUUUACAUUAGCAAAUGACCCAGCCAAUUGGUUACCAUGGCUCAAAUGGAUAUCAUCAAAAAGAGCAAUCGUCCAUAUAACUAAAUUAAAUGAACAUUUAGAUAAUGCUGAUUAUUCUCUAAUGGAUAAAUUAAACAAAAUUAAUAAAUCUGUUAACUUUAAAAAUGUAAAUGUUUCGGAUAACUACUAUUUUUAUGGAGAUGAUACUGGGUUCUCAAAUGAUUAUGACCCAAAAUAUAUCCAAUCUACCGAUAAUACCAAUAAUUCAGAUUUAAACAACCAGAUAGCAGAAGAGCAAGUAGAGGAAAUUGUAGAAAAUUGGGAAGAUUUGCUAUAA